GUCAAUAGUCAUAUGUAAUAACAACAUAACAGAAGUUUUCAUUUGAUUUCAAUCUUUCAGAAUUUCACCAUGGAUGAACUGGCUAAUGCAAACACACAUUUUGCCCUUGAUCUCUUCCAAAAGUUCAACGAAUCCAACUCAACAGGCAACAUCUUCUUUUCACCCUUGAGCAUAUCUAUUGCCCUAGCUAUGGUUUUCCUGGGGACCAAAGGCAACACAGCAGCACAGCUCUCAAAGACAUUUCACUUUGAUGAUGUUGAAGACCUUCAUUCAAGAUUCCAGGCACUCAGUACUGAGAUUAAUAGGAGUAGUGCACCCUAUAUAUUGAAGCUGGCUAAUAGCCUGUACGGAGAAAAGACAUACACCUUUUUGCAGGAUUUUUUGGCUGGCACUCAGAAGUUCUACAGAGCUGAGUUAGCCACAGUGGAUUUCCGAUAUAAUUCAGACAAUGCACGAAAACAAAUCAACCAGUGGGUUAAGGACCAAACUGAAGGCAAAAUCUGUGACUUGUUACCUGAACAUUCAAUUGAUAAAUGUACGAAAUUGGUUGUGGUGAAUGCCAUCUACUUCAGAGCCGACUGGGCAGAGACGUUUCAAGACAAAUUCACUAUGGAGAUGCCUUUUAGACUGAAUAUGAAGGAAAAGAAGAUAGUGAAUAUGAUGUUUCUGAAAAAGAAGCUUCCUUUUGGGCACAUUCCUGAGUGUAGGUGUCAUGUGCUAGAACUUCCUUACAAGGAAAAAGAAUUUAGCAUGAUGAUCCUUCUGCCUGAUGAUAUCGAGGAUAACUCUACUGGCCUGGAACAGCUGGAGAAGCACCUCACCUUAGGAAAGCUCCUAGAGUGGACACACCCAGCAAAGAUGGAAAACACUGCAGUUUAUGUGCAUCUGCCUAAAUUUAAACUGGAGGAGAGCUAUAACCUCAAAAAUGACUUGCCAGCGUUGGGACUGCUGGAUAUCUUCAACAGCGGAAAGGCAGAUUUGUCUGGAAUGUCAGAAGCCCGGAAUCUCUAUGUGUCCCAUAUUGUUCACAAGUCAUUUAUAGAAGUGAAUGAAGAGGGAGCAGAAGCGGCGGCAGCAACUGCUGUGGUUAUUACAACAACAUGUACCUCUACACAUUUUAUGGAAGAGGAUUUCAACGCUGACCACCCCUUCCUGUUUUUUAUCUGCCACAACCCAACAAGAAGUGUACUUUUCUUGGGCAGGUUUGCUUCUCCAUGAAAAGUAGAAUAAACGAUUGAACCGGAUAAAUUGAUGGACAACAUACUGUUGUUUGUUUCCUUGUUUUAGUUUUUUUCCAGAUACUUAGAAUCAUGGA